CCUCUCCCACUGUUCCUGGGGCCUCCUGUGGGUCCUCAUCUUCCUGGGAGGGAGGAGCUGUGCUACAAAGUAAUCCACGUGGGCUACCUUUUUUUUUUUGAGAUGGAAUUUCUGUCACCCAGGCUGGAGUGCAGUGGCAUGAUAUCAGCUCACUGCAACCUCCGCCUCCCAGGUUCAAGCGAUUCUGCAUCAGCCUCUCAAGUAGCUGGGACUAAGGUACUUGCCACCACUUCGGCUAAUUUUUGUAUGUUUAGUAGACGGGGUUUCACCAUGUUGGCCAGGCUGGUCUCGAACUCCUGACCUCAAGUGAUCCGCCUGCCUCGGCCUCCCAAAGUGCUGGGAUUGCAGGCAUGAGCCACUGCGCCCAGCCCCAUGUCGGGUGCUUUGGAUACAAAAUCGCUGUUCGGCAGGUGGGGUUGUGCCUCCACUUCUCCAUUGCGCCGGCUCAGCCGUUCCACGGAGCACCUGUGUCUGCCCUGGAGGCCACGCCUCCCCCAGGGCACCCUCAUCCACCGGCGCUCUGCCACCUGCCCGCGCCCCGCGGGUCCUUGUGCCUGCAGGGGCCUGAGGCCCGGAAACCAAGAAAGGGCCUUGGGGAGGCGCGGCCCGGCCUCUGCGCGCAGAACUGCCACCCUGCCCGGGGGAACCCGCGGCCAGGGGGCGGGUGGGCGCGUGGCUGUGGCCUGGCCGGGCGCAGUAGCCUCGGCGGCCAGUAGGGGGAGCCGGAGCCCGGAGAAGGCCGAGGGCGGAGCGCGCGCGGCGCCGAGCGGACGCGCCUCCCCGCCUAGGUGCUGGCCGAGCGCGGGGCGGGGAGGCGAGCGCGGCGGCGGCGGCGGCGAGCGUGGACAGAAGUGGCGGUUGCUGACGCCUGGAAAUUCCCCUGAAGGUGGAGCACCACCCAACCCCCCUGGGUCCCACCCUCCCUCAAGGCCUCCUCCACCUCCACCUCCACCCCGCCUGGCCUGGCGUCCACCUCUUUGGCUCCUACCUGGGUGCGAUCGAGUUAAAUGGCUGAUAAGCAGAUCAGCCUGCCAGCCAAGCUCAUCAAUGGCGGCAUCGCCGGGCUGAUCGGGGUCACCUGCGUGUUCCCCAUCGACCUGGCCAAGACCAGGCUGCAGAACCAGCAGAACGGCCAGCGCAUGUACACGAGCAUGUCCGACUGCCUCAUCAAGACCAUCCGCUCCGAGGGCUACUUCGGCAUGUACCGGGGAGCUGCUGUGAACUUGACCCUCGUCACCCCCGAGAAGGCCAUCAAGCUGGCAGCCAACGACUUCUUCCGACAUCAGCUCUCUAAGGACGGGCAGAAGCUGACCCUGCUUAAAGAGAUGCUGGCGGGCUGUGGGGCUGGCACCUGCCAGGUGAUUGUGACCACACCCAUGGAGAUGCUGAAGAUCCAGCUGCAGGAUGCAGGGCGCAUUGCCGCCCAGAGGAAGAUCCUGGCUGCCCAGGGCCAGCUCUCGGCCCAGGGGGGUGCCCAGCCCUCAGUGGAGGCUCCAGCUGCCCCUCGGCCCACGGCCAUCCAGCUGACCCGCGACCUGCUGCGGAGCCGCGGCAUUGCCGGUCUCUACAAGGGACUCGGGGCCACGCUGCUCAGGGAUGUCCCCUUCUCUGUGGUGUACUUCCCGCUCUUUGCCAACCUGAACCAGCUGGGCCGCCCGGCGUCCGAGGAGAAGUCACCUUUCUACGUGUCCUUCCUGGCCGGCUGUGUGGCUGGGAGUGCCGCCGCUGUGGCCGUCAACCCCUGUGACGUGGUGAAGACGCGGCUCCAGUCACUUCAGCGAGGCGUCAAUGAGGACACCUACUCUGGGAUCCUGGACUGUGCCAGGAAGAUCCUGCGGCACGAGGGCCCCUCGGCCUUCCUGAAGGGCGCCUACUGCCGCGCGCUGGUUAUCGCGCCCCUUUUCGGCAUCGCACAGGUGGUCUACUUCCUGGGCAUUGCAGAGUCCCUGCUGGGGCUGCUGCAGGACCCCCAGGCCUGAGCCCAGCGCCCGCUCCACCCCAGCCAGCCGGGCAGGGCCGGUGUGGGGCUGGAGCCAGGCAGCUAGCCCAGGACGGAGCAAGGGAAGACCCCUCCCCAGCCCUCCCGUCGGCAGGGGCAGCAGGGGGCGGGGUGCAGGGUCCACAUAGGUGGUGCACACGCAGCCCCCUGGGGUGCUGCCUGCACCGUUGGGAUCAAUGUCUUAUUUAUGUAGAAAAUGCAGAAAUCUUUACAUUCCUCAAACUAGCCCCUGCCCCAAUCCUGCCCUGGCCUGAACACCCCCAGGGACAGAGCUGGUCUCUGGGCUGGGGGCCCCCCGGGCCUGGGCCGGGCAGGCUGGACCAUACCCCCAGUCCACCGGCUCCAGUCUCCACAGCCGUCCUGGUCCACACAGGGACCCUGCACAAACCUAUUUAUUGAAUUUGCUGGGCCCAAGCGGCUCUCCAGCCCUUCCGUCCUUCCCCAGCCGCUCUUGUCGCCUUGGCAGGACUUGACUCUGCCUCCCUGGCCAGCCUUGCAAGAGGACUGGGGUCUCCUGCCCUCUCUGUUGAGCCAGGAAUCCCAAGUGAGGGGUUGCCCUGGGGUCUGACUCUCAGGGCAAGCCCACCACCCACUGUGGGACUUUCUGGUGGGCUCCUCAGCUCUCACCCCAGGCUGGGGCCCAGAUUGUGAGGUCUGUGUGCGUGUGUGUGUGUGCAUGCGUGUGUGUGUUGUGGGGAUCUGGCCUGGCCCUUGGGGAUGGGGCUGCCGGGGACUGCCCCCCUUCCCGCCGUGGCCAGGCGCUCUGUGUGCUGUGUGUGCCCCAGGCUCUGUUGACCCCGUCCGGGAACUUACUUACCCAGCCUGGCCUCUCCUGAGUCCUCCACCCUGGCCUGCGAUUGGCCAGGGAGGAGGGCGGGCAUUGGGACCAGUGUGGAACCUGAGGGUGCCUGCCCAGCUCUGGAGGGAGGGCCAGGAGCUGCCGCCCCCUCCAAGUCCUCUCAGGGCCCACCCUCCUUUUUCGGCCUCUGCAUAAGGCCCCUGGGUACACUGCAGAAGGCCCGUCCUUCCCGGGCAUAAGGCCCUUGACCACACUUCAGAAGCCCUAUCCCCCUGCCUCCGGGCCCAUCCCUGCUGUGAGCCGAAGCUCUCCCUGCCCCGCCCUGGCCAUGUGAUCGUGUUGGUGACAGACCCUGAUGUGCUGGUGCUGUGUCCCCAAAACCGGGGCCCUCCACAGAGGCCCCUUCCCAGCGACACUACCUGGGGCUCAGGCCUGGACCCCCCCCCCCCAAUUCACGGUUGCUCCUGGGAGCUGCCCCUCCCGUCACAUCAGAACCUUGGAAGCUGCUGCUGCUGCUUACAGAAUUAUAUUUUUUUCUUUUGAAGAGUUUUAAGAAGUUGUAACUUUUUGUGUCUUGUCAUGUCAGAGGAUAAAUAAAUAUUCUAAGUAGA